AAGUCCUUUUUGAGGCAGUCAGUUUUUAGCCCUGGCUGUGUCCCCUUAAACUCAUCAGUCAUGAGUGUUGCAGCUGCUUUUCGGCUCACGUGCCCAGGAAAUUCUGUUUAAUUUCUUUCUGUGGCUGGUGAGAUCUGAGGCGGGACAGGAGUAAGCAUGCUGCUGCUGCCGCCAAAGGCUCCCCUAGUGGCCUGUUUGCUUUAGAACUCGAUACCCUGCCUAGCAGGCUGGGCAGGAUCCUCUGCAUAGGCAGAGAUCAGCUCAGUCCCUGAGAGAUGGCAGUCCGGGUCCCUUCUGAGCCAGAACGCAGAAUAAGCAAGACAAGAGAUGAACGGAUUUCAGUAUAUGGCUACUGCCAAAAAGUGAGUUACGAACAAUGAGCAAAAAGAACAGGAGUACUUGUGGCACCUUUUGCGGAUACAGACUAACACGGCUGCUACUCUGAACAAUGAGCAGUUGCAUCAGGAGGCAGUUCCUUUUUCUGGAUGUCAUUUCCUGGCACGGGUCCAUCUGAAUGUGGCAUCUUUGGCAGCUCGAAAAUUCAGUGCUGAGCAUAGCCUGUGAGGGAACUAAAUCAUUUUCCGCCUCACACGGAGCUUCACCUUAGGGGCAUUUAACCACAAGUCAUAGAAACAGGUGGGUGCUGAGGAACUGAAUUUUAGCUUAAGUCAGCAAGGCACUGGUAAUCAGGAUCCCGCUCACAGCAUUUGCAGCGUCAGCUAAGUUAAAGCCGUUGCUUUCAGUGGCUCAGAAUCAGAGAGAGAAAUAACUAAUAGUCUCUUACCUGCAUGCAGAUAUACCAAAUAAAUGCCUAGUAAGCAUGAACAGGAAUCAAGAGUGCCAGAUUUCCAGAGCAAAGGCAGAAUUCCAAGUGAAUUUCACAGCGAGCUCCGUGCUUAAAGACAGUGUGGUUUUUUCAUGGUCUCAGAGCCUGACAAAGUCUCUGAACAGGGUGUGCUGUACAAACGCUGGCAAGUUACAGUCAACUCAAAUGAAAAGGAGCAACUUAAAUACAAACCACACCAGAAAAGGAGCUGGCUCAUGGAGUUAUUGACAUGGCUGAGAAGAUCUGGCCGUUCUAAAUAGUUCUCAGAAGCUGAGCACAGAAAUAAGCCCCAGAGUCAAAUGUCCCAGAAAGAUCAUGGAAGGUUUGAAUUUCACACCUUUAAUUCCUUAUCGCCAAGCAGUUUAAAUGAACACUUCAUUAUAUACAUUUCAAAAUGAAACUGACAAACAAAUGUCAGCUGAGAUCAGUAUGGACUCAACGACCUAGCACUGCCCGCUCCAAGGGCCUUUUAGAGGAGAUAGAAAGCAGACACCCUGACGAUUUGUGGGUCCAAAUUCAGCCAUGGCAUACACACGCAGAACUCCACUGAGUGCAAGAGCUGAAUCUGGCCUAGGAUCAAAGAUCCCAUGAUGUUUUUUAGGAACAGAGGAAAGUUAGGGACAGGGUUCGGUAACAUUGGAGCUCAAGUCAUUAAAACCAAACCAGUUUCCAUUCCCUCUGCAGACUCAGGAUGAAACCUGCUGUCCUCACAUGCCUUGCUCUGACAUUAGACCAAAUGCUAGCAGGACUUUCUCUUUGCUGCUAUCUGUUCCAUACCCAUCAGAGGAAACACAGCCGAGUCGCAAGUCUUCUGUUGUGUGGUGCGCACAGACAGGUUUUUCAGGUGAAAUUCACCCCCAGCAUGAUGACUGCUGCACCACUUCAGCCCUAUAAGUGGAGCUGGGCAGACGGGGCCAUGGGUGAAGCAGCCAGGUGGUGGAGGUGGGGACUCCAGACCUGUUCCAAAUAGACUGGUGUGGAAGAUAGCAGGGCAGCAGCACUGUAGUGAAUUUCAUCCAAGGGACAUCUCUGUGCACAACCCACUGCAGAAGGUCCUCCCCUCCCCCCAGCCGCCACUGACUAUCCUCAUAAGAAUGUAGCUGGAAACAGCAAAGAUAAAGCUUUUUCUGCAGAAAAGGGUGCAGCCAUUUCUCAUUAUGUUAACUCCUAAAGGAGAGGGCUAAAAAGGGACAGUCAAGUGCCUCAUCUUCUUUGCUUCCAACUGCAGAGAGUGUAAUAAUGGCCAGACACACAGGGGUGCUGAUAAGAGACUGAUCUUUAUUGUCUGGCCCCACUCACCAGACACAGGUCAGUGUUACUAGAGAUGCCCUUUCACACAACAAAGGGUGUUCUCCUGCAAAUCUAGUGGCUGGUAUUAGAUGGCCCAAAGCAAAAUUAACCAGAACUGUUUUUUUUUCAUGAUGCAGUUAAACUCCAUGUGAUCAUUUAACCUGAGGAGCUCAGAAGAGGAUGUAGCGAGGUUUCUCUGAGGACCCCUUACCUCAGCACUGUCUCUUCCCCACAGGGAUUCCUAUGCAUUUGGAAAUGCAAGCGAAGUAAUGGAGAUUGAGCCCUCGUACACUGACUUUAUUUCCUGUGAUCGCACUGGGCGGAGGAACGCUAUCCACGACAUCCAAGGAGACGCAACCUCCAUCAGCAUGCGGAAGCUGGCAGGCGACAUAGGCGAGCUCUCCAUUGAAGGAGCAGGUGAGUGUGCAAGGAAACCAAGCUGCUGCUUCUGAGAAGGAACCUGAAGCGAGACUUGAGGGGCAAGAUGGCACCCCCCCAUCAUGAGCGCCACAGGAGUGAGGGGGGGAAGGGGGAGGAGGAGGAAAGAACUGU